AUGUUUUCUCGUGAAAAGAAAGAAGACAACUCAAAGCGCUUCAAUGAGAAAAAAAUGCAUGUUCUCGGACAAAUUCUCACAACACCACAAAAAGACAUCCAAGUCCAUCUCAACGCAAUGCGGGACACCGUGGAAAUGUUGGUUUGGGGCGACAAACACAAUCAAGGUAUUACCGACGCUUUCCUCGACGAUAAUCUUUUUCCCGUCAUCGUCGACAUAGUAAAAAAAGGAAAGAAACCAGCUACUCUCCAGUUUCUCCAAUGCUUCGCCAUUCUCGUCGAGAACAUUAAGCAGACAAAUUUUCUCUAUUUCUUACUCAGUCAAACAAACAUCGACACUAUACUUAACCUUCCCAUCGACAGAAACGACGACGAUAUCAUAUCUCCUUAUGUUUCGAUGCUCAAAAGUAUUUCUUUGCGAUUGACUGAUGACACACUUCAAUUCUUUUAUAAUCAUCAGACGAACACAUGUCCGAUUUUAAGUGAGGCUGUUCUUUUGUUGAGUCACAAAGACUCAAUGGUUGUCUCUCACGCACGAAACAUCAUCCUCCAAUUCACUGCGUUCACUACCGACAAAGCUUUUAACGCGUAUUAUCUCGAAUAUUCAAGAUCACACUUCUACCCACACUUAUUCACUUUAAUACUCAGACAUGUCCACUCCCUUCCCACUACUCUCCAAAUCAUGAUCGAUGACAUUUACUUUUUGACCGACUUACUGACACUGCCACCACCAUACCCAGACACUUUGACAUAUUCCCUUUUCGACAAAAUGAUAUACCCACACAUCCUCCCAGCUUUCAUCUCCGCUACAGCAACAACUCCAAAGAAAGUCGACUGCCUCCAAUUCUUAAUUCACCUCUAUUUAUCAAAGUUCCCAACUCAAUUCCUCGCCCUUAUUUCCCAUUGCUUGAUAGUGCCAAUUCUCCCCCUUGGCGAAAACAACAGACUUUGCGACAAUAUCGUUUACUUACUCAAAGAACACAACACAAUCGACUUCCACUGUGCGGUAACACUUCUUUUACUCAUCACACAGACACCACCACUUUCCCUUCUUUCAAGAUCGUUCCUCUCCAAUCCACUCCAACUCUCGGCUCCCGUCGCACUGAUGUCUAUUAUGGAGGAUGAAGACAGCGAAGACCCUCUCUUUGGUGAUGAGAGUCCCAAAAUCAAUGUUUCCAUUGAUGUGACGUCGUGCUUCCCUUGGUUCUCAUCAAAAACCGAGACAAAGUGUUUUGAGUCAUCCUCUCGCAUUCAGGGCGAAAAACAGAAAUUUAGUUCAGAAGGAGGGGCUUACGAUUUUCUUGGGAAGAAGAACAGAGAAAAUAGAAAGGCGGUGCUGACAACCCUUCUUACUUUCUGUAUCGAGGACUAUAAACAAGCGACACCUCUUCAUACAUAUAGCAGAGUCUUCAAACUGAUCAAGCAUAUUGGGGUGUAUGGGAAUGGCACCUUAGAUGACACUCUUGAGGAGAACAAAGCAAAGGUCGUAGCCGAGUACAACAAAGGUUUAGAGAUCAUUCAGAAGUUGUAUCCGCGUCUCAAACAAGAUCAAUUCAUGUUACUGUGGAACAAUGUGACAACUGCAAUCGAGGACAUUUCAGUUGAGUACGAGUUUGGUGAUGAUAUCGACAAAUGGAAAACACAGCUCAACACAUUUAUAGACAAGAACUUCACAAAAAAGCAGAAGGCGCUUGAGAUCUAUACCAUCAUUGCGUCGUCCGUGGUGAAGCGAAAAUUGUAUCUCCUAGUUUGUGAGAACUCGACAAAGAAAGUGUCCGACAUAUUUUGGGAGCAAAAGCCAGUCACUCCAAUCCACCCGCUUUCAAAUUGA